CCUGGGCUUCUCCUUCUUCUCCUUCCACAGUGCCGAGAGACCGACACCGGAAACCUUGACAACCUUGAAACGGACACCGGGAAUAUCACCCUUGGCCUUGCCCUUACGACCGAAACCGGCAAGGAGGACUUCGUCGUUCUCGUCCACAAAGUUCAAGCAACCGUCGUUGGGAACUGUCUCGCGUUAGCCAAGUCUUGUUGGGUGUGCAUCGCCACAGGUGCCUCCUGUGGUCCUCAUCGCAGCUGUCAAAGCUCAUGGUCCCAACCAUACCGGUCUUCAGUUAGCUUGCGAAGACUAGAUAGAGUGUCUAGAAUUCGGGGGGCACAGUGUCUGGUGUGCCGACCAGCUGCUUGGUUGAAGAGCCCGUGGCAGCACAGCCACCGUCCCACAUCUGCACCCCGUAAACAUCACACUGCAUGCUCCACCAUGUCAUCCAAAGACGACAAGAAAAUCACAAAGACGCAGACGAACCGUCUGCCUGCGCCCGCGCUGUUCGUCGGACCGCCAUCGCACAAUGCAUCCAACACAUCAUUACAUGAGAUUCGCGCACCCGCAAAGUCCCCCUUAGUCCGCCAGCGGUCCCUACUUUCUCCAGACGCCAAACGGCCUCUCCCCCCAAAUGCCAGCAACGAUGUCGACCACUUCAGUCCUACAUCGUCGAACCCCUCGGCGCCAUUUCAACGACGACAGCGACAACAGAGCCAAGCAGCCGACGCCGAGGCCUCAUCUCGAGCCGAAGCAAUAUGGGCCGAGAUGCAGAAUACGUUAGAGGAGGUGGAACUGAGCGCCAUCAAAGGCCCAGGCAUGACCGUCUUUGGAUCCGAGCACUCGCGGGCUCUGGACGAGCUGCGAAAAGCCCAGAUUGAGCUCGCAAAGGCAUGGGCACGUUCUGAAGAAGACGAGCACACGCCCAAGGAGCAGCGGCAGAAGAAGUCGCAAGAAAACAAAGCGACGGACCUGCAGCCCCAGAGCCUGGUAAAUGCUCGCGGUGCUACUGCUCCGGAAAAGGGCGAGAAGCUGUUUGAUAGGACAAAGCUGGAAGAAGAGACGGAGAAGGAUAUCGAGUUGAGCCGGAAGAGGAGAGAGGAGAAUGACCGGUAUUUUGAAAAGGUGAACCAGGGUGUGCAGGAAGUGGUUGUGCGACUGGAAGAGGUGGCAAAGGCAAUGAGAGGGGUCGAAAGCGAAAGCAAGGAGAUUUGGGGUCAUGGCAGCGACGAAAGCGUAGACACCGAAAGCGUGACUUGA